UGUGUGUGUUUUAAUACUGCAUGCCUCACGCAUCGUCAUCCUUUAUUUAUACGGAUCUCUAUUGUUGCUCGCGACGUAAUUGUCGCUUCUACGUGCGGGAAUAUCAAUCGUGGAUCGAUCAAUUUUUCUCGGGACGUACACAGCGAGAGACACACAUCGAGAAGGUUCAUCAACUCUUUGCAAACGAGAGUUUCGAUUAUUGAUUCGAACGCGCGUCGGGGGUCGGUGCAUUGUCUCUUAAGAUGAGUCUGCCCAAUUCCAAGAAAGGCAAGGAAGAUGCCAACAGGGAAGUUUCUGAUGUGGCGAAAGAUGCCAAGAGCUUUUUAGAUAAAAUCCUUGGGGAUGUCAGCAAAACAUCGGCCAGUAAACAAAUCGCCAUUGGAGCAGCUUCAGGAUGGGCAACUGGCUUCCUGACAAUGAAGGUGGGAAAAGUUGCUGCCUUUGCAGUCGGUGGCGGUAUCAUUAUGCUUCAAAUUGCUGCCAACCAAGGAUAUAUUAAAAUCAACUGGGAUAAGAUUCAAAAGAAAGCUGAUAAGAUUGCUGAUAAAGUUGAAGAAAGGAUCACUGGAGAAGGCCCUAAAUUCAUGGAUAAGAUGGAGAGGUACGUCGACAAGAAAAUGGACAAAGCCGAGCAGCUGCUGAAGAACGGCGAGACUCGAACCCGUCGCUGGUAUCAGAAUCUCACCGGCGGCGACAGCCACACGUCGUUCCGCACCCAGGAGCUGCACGUCUUCCUCGUCUCGUUCGCCGCGGGCGUGGCGAUAGGGGUGGCGACGGGCAACUAGGUAAGCGACUGCUGCGCGCUCCUCUGGGACGCGCGCAGCAGCAGCAGCCGCAAAGCGUCGACCCUGCUUCAGCCGCCGCCCCAGGCGACCGACGCCGAUAAGGGAGUCGACGUGCUCGACCAGAUGAUGGACAUGUACGAGGACGCUAAAGCGAGAUUUUUUGAUUUUCGAGCUUGGUGCAGGGAACAACUGAAAGAGCACGUCUAAGAGCGCGGCGCGAUCAGUGCGAUUCGUCUGCCCUGCAAGUAACGAAGCGUUUUUCUAUACUGUGCCUGUAGUUGGUUUUCCGAUUAAUUUUCCAAGUAUCGUGUUUGUUUCAAUGCGUUACAAAUUAUAUUGAAUAGAUAUUAUGCGAUAAAAUGAACAAAUUUUUUUUUUAAAUAUCUAACUUCACCUCUUGAAGGCUGUUUCGAGACUGAUUUGUUAUACUCGGAUGAAUUCAUACUCAUGAUUAAUUAAAGUAUUCAAUUGAUUUUUAUUAAUAUUUGAUGAUAAAUGUUACUUAAAAGAGAGGCAAGAAGCCAACUACAGAUGCGUAACAUUCAUGUAUACACCACAAGUCAAAGGAAUAUACGAAUGAGAUUAUAAGUUACACGAGCAACUUAGUUGCAGCUUUCACAGAACUUACUGAUAAGUUGAUCGUUAGAAUAGAGAAAAAAAUCCACUAAUACAGAUUCAGUUGUUUAACAGAAAAUACUUUUAUUAUUUUACAUCAUUUCUUUAGUUAUUAGCUAGUCUGGAUUGACUUGUUUCAAUCGCUUUACUCGUCGUCUUUCUUUUCGAUAGGAAACUUAAUCUUUCUCGCUCAUACCAUCUGCGAUUAAAAUGCAUUUGGUAUGUUAUUAUCAUUCGUUUGUGUACAUAUUGUAUUUGUCUAUUUAUAAAAAAAAUUGCAGAAGCAAUUUGAUUAUUUACUAUUUACACUUUUUGCACCCUUAGUUCUCAUAAGCAUUAAUGUGAUUUGCUUGUACUUAGAUUUGAGCAAAAUUAAACAUAAAGUUUGAAUGGUAAACAAUUAAUAAUGCAAUAUAAUCACGUAUUCACGUCAGAUCGAUAGAUUUGCAGCAAAAAAGAAAGAUUAUGAUUAAUGGAGUAUUUAAGCUUCUCAAAUUACCACUUGUUGAAUAAUGAUAAAUAAUGUAGCAUUUAUCUGUAUAUUAAAUUAAAUAAUAAAAUGUAUAAGCCUUGAAUUCUAAAGAGGAAUUUCAAAACAAUAUGUAUAGUUUCAAUAAUUAAAUUACAAUAAACGAUGAUUAUUUACAUAGUG